AGCAGACGUCACUUUAUUUCUCCCGCCUCAAGCUCGCCUCUGGCGCGAGACUUCUCAACGUGUUUCUAUGGCAACCGUCGGGAUGUCUCCUUGAAAAAAAUCAAAAGAUUCCCCUUCUUCUAGAAAAGCAGAAGGCUGAUUAGAUUGUUCUUCAACAGAAUAAAAGCUAGGUAUUAAAUCGAGUCACCGCCGGAUUUCGAUAGCGGGAACCUCUUAGUGAGGGGUAAGUGGACGGAGACGGGCCGACGAGCACGGCCCUCUGGGAAACGCGGUCUCGCGCUGGCGCGGAGGGUCCCGCGUGGAGAAAUUCCGAGAUUCGCGCGGCACCGGAAGUGGCUGUGAGGAGGCGGGUGUGAGGGGAGUCGCGUCUGUUAACUCGGCGGACCGCCACCUCGAGGGAGACUCAUGUUCUGACUCAUCCUACUCCUGGACAUUUUGGGGGCUCAUCCAACAUGGCCAUGAAGUCAGUCCUAGAAGGAAGGAAGACUGUCUCCCCGUUUCCUUAUCCUUCCUGCGGCCCUGCCAGCUGGGAACAUGGAGGGGAAGAAGGGGGAGCUUAAACUAGGACUCGGGCUGCUGGGCCUGGUCGGCUAUUACUGAGUAACUUGCAACCCUCAAGGACGUGGCCAUGGACUUCACUUUGGAGGGCUGGGAGCAGCUGGGGCUGGACCAGGGGGACCUGUUCUGGGACACGGCACUGGACAACUACCAGAAUCUCUUCUUGCUGAACCCCCUGAGACCCAAUCAGACCGCCUGUCCAGAUGGUGGGGAAGAGCUGGAGAUCCUGGAGAGAGGAAGUCCAGAAGUGACAGGCCCUGACACAGCUGAGGCCAAGAUUUCCCCUUUGCCACAGGAAUCCUCGGAAGGACUCUCUCAGGAGAUAUUGGAGACGUUUUCCAAGGAUGGCCUCUGGAACUCUAACUUCGGAGAAGCUUACAUGGGCGAGAGCUGGUUAGAUAGUUUGCUAGGAGAUCCGGAAAGUCUUAUGAGCUCUGACAUUGUCACCAACAAGGAAAGCUUCACAGAGGGCAAGAGUCAUGAACUCAAGAGUGGCCUCGAUCCUGAGUCCUUCCUUUUCACAGGAGAAGAUUCCCUGACCCAUGAUCUUUCCGAGAAGAGCCUGACGCCAGCUAAGUCUCAGGAAUGUAGGGAUGACAUUGGCUCCCACUCAGACCAGAGUCAGCAGGAUACUGUCCAGGAAGGGAUGAAACCAUAUAAAUGUAGCGAAUGUGAGAAGAGCUUCAGCCGGAGUUGCCAUCUUAUCCAGCACUGGAUUACUCAUAUAGCAGAGAAACCAACUGGGAAUCAAGAGUAUGAGGAUAGUUUCAACCAGAUUUCUUGCCUUCCUGUCUAUCCAACAACUCACACAGGUUCCAGAUCCUAUGUGUGUAACAAAUGUGGGGAAACUUUUAGUCACAACACACACCUUCUGUGGCAUCAAAAAAUUCACACUGGAGAAAAAACACAUAAGAGUCAAGACAGUGACCAUUCAUCAGGUCUUGUCUCGAAGCCUGUUGAAAAGCAGAAAACCCACAGAAUUCGUAAAUCCUACAAGUGUAAUGAGUGUGGCAAGGGUUUCAGCCGAAACUUUCAUCUUAUUCAGCAUCAGAAGACCCACACUCGGAAACGCUAUGAAUGUGUCAAAUGCAAGGCCACCUUCAACUUUAACAAAUACCUCCUCCAACAUCAGAAAAUUCAUGCUUCAAAAACUACCUCUAAGUGUCAGGAAUGUGGGAAGACCUUCAGGCAUAGCUCAUCCCUCAUUAAACACCAGUCUAUUCACUCGGGAGAAAAGCCUUAUAAGUGUGAUGAGUGUGGGAAAUGCUUCAGCCAUAUCUUCACCCUAAAGAGCCACCAGAGGGUUCACAGUGGAGAGAAGCCUUACAAAUGUAGUCAAUGUGAGAAAGCCUUCUACCGGAACACUCAUCUGAAUGAACAUCAGAGGAUUCACACGGGCUACAGGCCCCACAAAUGUAACAAAUGUGUCAAAAGUUUCAGCCGGCCUUCCCACCUGAUUCGACACCAGUCUGUUCAUGCCACAGAAAAGCCCUACAGCUGUGCUGAAUGCAGUGCGACCUUCAGCCAUAAUGAACGUCUUAUCCAACACCAAAAAAUGCAUGCUGUGGAAACCCGCUAUGAAUGUCAGGAGUGUGGUGAGCGCUUCAUUUGUAGUUCGACCCUAACUUGCCACCAGAGCAUUCACACCCAAGAAAAACAAGGACUUGAUGGGAGCGGAAAGAUCUUGAAUCAGAACCUAAAACAGAAAGAUCAUCCAAGGAGUGGUGAGAAGCACUUUAAAUGUAACACAUGCGAGAAAACGUUCAGCUGCAGCAAAUACCUGACUCAGCAUGAGAAACUUCACACCAGGGAAAAGCCCUUUGAGUGUAAACAGUGUGGGAAAGCCUUUGUCCAAAGUGCACAGCUCAUUCGCCACGAGAUCAUACACUCUGGAGUGAGGCCAUAUAAAUGUGAGGAGUGUGGGAAGGCCUUCAUCCGAAUCACCUCCCUUACCAAACAUCAGUACAUCCACAAGAGUGAGCACCCCUUUAAGUGUAAUGAAUGUGGAAAGACCUUCAGCCAAAGUGUACAUCUCUCAGAACAUCAGUUAACUCACACUGCAGAGAAACCCUUUAAAUGUAAUCAGUGUGACAGAGUCUUUGUGCACAGUAAGUACCUUACUCAGCACCAGAAAAGUCAUGCCAAGAAGAGAUCGUUUGAAUGUAAUGAAUGUGGAAAAACAUUUAGACACAACUGGCGCCUUUCUAAGCAUCAGAGAGUUCACACGGGUGAGAAUCCAUAUAAAUGUGGUGAAUGUGGGAAAACCUUCAGCCUGAACGCUGUACUUGUUCGACACCAGAGAGUUCACACCAGAGAAAAGCCUUAUGUUUGUCAGGUAUGUGGGAAAGCCUUCAGCCAGAACUCGUGCCUUUCUAUUCACCAGAGAGUUCACACUGGAGAGAAGCCCUAUAUGUGUGCUGAAUGUGGGAAAGCCUUUUCCCAGAAAGCAAAUCUGAGGCAGCACGAGAAAAUUCACACUGGGGAGAAGCCUUACAUCUGUGAUGUAUGUGGGAAAACCUUUAGCCUCAGUUCCCAUCUCAGUCAGCACCAGGUAAUUCACACUCAAGAAAAACAAUAUCAGUGUCAACACUGUCAAAAAGCCUUUGGCUGCUACUUAGGUCUCCGCCGACACCAGCGAGUUCACACUCAAAAGUAACAAGUAGCAAUACUACCUGUAGUCACCAGGUGACAGCAAGACCUGACAUCUGAGCCCUAAAAUUGAAACCAUCACAUUGUAAGUCUAUCCUUUCCCUAACCCUACCCCCAAAAUAUAUAUAGAUCUCUAUAUUAAUAUUGAUUAGAAAGUUUGCACACAAGUUUCAUUAAAACAAUGAAAACACAAAAGAAGCUGUGUAGUAUCCAAAUUCAGAGGUAGACUCUAGCCAGUCUCCUGAGUUAAAUUUCACCUCUGCCAUCUGCUGCCUAACUGACCUAGAGAGAGUCAUGAAACUUCUCAGGGCCUCAGUAUCCUCAUCUGUAAAACAACUAAAAUAAUAGUUACCUACCUCAGAGAGAUGUUGUGAGGAUAAAUUGAUGUAAAGCCCUGAGAACUGAGUGCCCAGCACAUAAUAAGUACUCACCAAGCAUGAGCUAUACAUAUAUACAACAUAAACGUACUCUUAUAUUACGAGGAAGAGAAGAAUUAGAAGCUCUAUUUACUGCAGUUAAUGUUCUUACUAAUAUUAUGGGUGGCUUUAAUUUUUAAAGUUUUUCUCCAAAAUGCCCCUGGCUUAAUUUGGUUCUCCAAUCCCAACACAUUAAUCUUUAAAAAAAAAAAUUUAACCUUUUCCUUCCCUCCAUCUUUUUUUCUGUCCCAGUAUUUUCUUAAUGAGCCCACAGAAAGUCAAGAAGAGCACUUAAACUAAUAUCAGAUACCUAAAACUUUUCACUCAUAACCUCCUGUACCUCUCAUUCAAAAGGACCCUUUCCACAUACACAUGCCAUCUUAUUUUUUCUAAUCCUCACCCAGGGACAUGUUUUUAUAGAUUUUUAGAGAGAGGGGGGCAUCAAUUGGCUGCCUCCUGCACGUGCCCUGGCCAGGGAUCAAACCUACAACCUAGGUAUGUGCCCUGACUGGGAAUUGAACCCACAACCUUUUGGUGUACAGGAUGACACUCCAACCAAUUGAGUCACUCAGCCAGGACCGCAUGCCACCUUUUCCCAUAAUCUUCCCGUGUUUAAAGUUAUUGGUUAUACAAUGAACCCAUUUUUUGUUAUUGGAGUUAAUGAUCCUGGAACAGCUGGAUUCAGUUAGGAAAGCUGCACUGGAUAUUGUCACAGUUAACACUAUACAGAAGAUGUGCUUGGUGGUGAAAAUUGUGAUGGACUGCUAGAAUGUUCUUCAUGCACCAUUUGUCCAAGCUGGUACUCACCAGGCACUUUCCCAGGCGCCAGGACAGGGAAUGUCAGUAUGCUAAGCCCUGCCUUUGCCUCGAAGCUUCUGGAAUCCAAGGGAAAUUGGUGGUCCCAUUUUCACAGAGGAGUGCUGUUCGUUGACAAGUGACAUCUUAAAAUGCCACAUUCCCUCAUGUCACAGCAAGUCCUGGGCCGCUGAGGAUUGUUAGAGAGCCCAGUAAGGAAAAGAGCUUUCCUGUUGGAGCCAUCACGUCAGCAGCUCACCUUGGCCAGGCCUGUGCUACAACAGAGACUCACCUCAUGGAACCACACAACCUGCUCCCUAUAGAUGGCAUCUCCGCUCUGGGCUUCUGAGCCCUGCCCACUAAGUGAACAAGUCACAUGUUUGCUGCAGCACAAUCUUAGGAAGACAUUGGACACUUAAUAUUUUUCAUAUUCUUGGUGCUAAAAAAGUGUAAGAGUAUGUUCCCUGUGGCUCUUGGACUUUUUAAACCUUGCACCUUUGAUUUCUGCUGGUUGGUUUUGUUCUUGAAACUGGGAACUUACUGGUUUAAUAAUGGCCAAAAUGUCCCACUCCCUAUGCAUGGUCCCUGCCCUUGAAACUGUCUAGUCUGGGUGACAGGCUGGUGGGGUACACAAAGUGUUGUGGGAUGGGGCAGAGGCGGGAACUCAAAAUGAGUUGUGAAGUGUAUUCAAUGAAGAGUUUUAAUACUAAACACGCAGGUCAGAGACCCUGUGGAAAAUCACCAGCUUGGGGGGGUGGGAAGGGUAGUUUUUAUAACUAAUGACCUGAGUUGCUUUGAGCCAGGGUAGAAAUGCCCUC